UUAAGCGAUUUGGUUAAACAGAGUGGGCCUCAUGUUUUUAUAUCAAAAUUACACAAUCCCUACUUAAAUUUGGCAUUGGAAGACUAUAUAUUUAAUAAUAUGCCAAUUAAAGAUUAUCACAAUAAAGACAAUAAUAAGAAUAAUACUGGCGAUGGAAAGAAUUUACAGAGUUUCAAAAAUCAAAGAUUAGUUUUUUACAUCAACCAACCAUGUAUAGUUUUUGGUAAGAAUCAAAAUGGUUGGAAAGAAAUGAAUUAUCCAUUGGUUAAAAGAAUGGGAUUUCCAACCCUCCGAAGAAAAUCCGGAGGUGGGUGUGUUGUUCAUGAUAAAGGAAACGUCAAUUUUUCAUUUAUAACAUCAAAGAAUAAAUUUGAUAGAAAGUUUUUUUCCAAUGUGAUUAUCAAAGAAGUAAAUGGCUUUUUUGGUGAAAAACGAAUUGACUUGAAUGAAAGAGGGGAUAUAAUUGAAUUUGAUACUCAAAAAAAGAUAUCAGGAUCAGCAUAUAAAGUAUCUAGAGGAAGAUGUUAUCAUCAUGGGACCAUGCUAUUAAAUUCAGAGUUGCCAAUUAUCAGGCAAUUAUUGAAAAGAGAUGAAAGAAAAUUAGGUAAGAUUGAAAAUGGAAGCAGUAUUGAGUCAGUUAGAUCAUCUAUAGGCAAUUUGAAAAUGGAUAAAGAAGUAUUUAUGGACAUUGUUAUCCAGGGAUUCAAGAAAAAAAUUGGAAAUGGGAAUAAAGACUUUAAAAUUAAUAUAAGUUAUAUUGAAGAGAAACAUUUAAAUUCAGAAAUUAAAAAGAGUUCAGAAGAAUUAAAAAAUUGGGAAUGGAACUUUGGCUCAACACCAAAAUUCAAGCAUUAUCUUUAUAAUGAAGAAUUUAAAUUUAAAUUAAUUUUAGAAGUGGAAAAGGGGCAUUUGAAAGGCAUUGAUAUUAAGUUUGAUAAUGAUGAAAACAUCCAACAGAAUGAGAGAGUAAUAGAAUCAAUGAAUCAAAUCGGCAUCAAUUUAGAUCAUAAGAUUCGAUACACUGGAUCAGAAAUAAGUGGGUUUAUUUUGAAUGAUAAGAUAAGUGAUUGGGUAGGAAGCUGCAUUGAUGGAAGUCUGUGA